AUGCCGCCGGCCCUGCUUCCACGGCUCAACACUUACUAUAACUUUGACCAAGAGUACUGGGAGAUCCCUUUUUUUUGCUCCCAUGUACCGUUAUUAACGCAAGAACUCAUGUGUGUCGUGCAGAUGAAUGUCGACAAGCUGAAGAAGAUGGCCGGUGCCGUGCGCACCGGGGGCAAGGGCAGCGUGCGCAGGAAGAAGAAGGCCGUUCACAAGACCACGACCACUGAUGACAAGAGGCUUCAAAGCACCUUGAAGAGAGUAGGAGUGAACACCAUUCCUGGUAUUGAAGAGGUCAACAUUUUCAAGGAUGACGUUGUCAUCCAAUUUCAGAACCCGAAAGUGCAAGCAUCAAUUGCCGCAAACACAUGGGUAGUCAGUGGAACACCACAGACGAAAAAGCUGCAAGAUUUACUGCCGACAAUUAUCAACCAACUGGGCCCGGAUAACUUGGACAACCUGCGAAGGCUUGCGGAGCAGUUCCAGAAGCAGAUGCCUGGUGGUGAGGCUGGCGGCGCCAGCAUCGGUGCUGCCCAGGACGAUGAUGACGAUGUCCCAGAGCUCGUCCCAGGAGAGACCUUCGAAGAGGCCGCAGAGGAGAAGAAGGAACCCGAGGCGAAGAAGGAAGCGGAGCCGGAGGAGAAGAAAGAGUCGUCGUAA